AGCUGAUUGGUCGGUGUGAGCGGACGUUUGCUUCACGGCUCUGCUGUACGGUGAACCAACCCUUGCGAGAGAGACGCGUGUGACGAGCAGCGGAGAGUAACGACACGAGUCCGAGAUGAUUGAGGUGGUUUGUAAUGACCGUCUGGGGAAGAAGGUUCGAGUCAAGUGCAAUCAGGAGGACACGAUCGGAGACCUGAAGAAGCUGAUCGCAGCGCAGACCGGGACACGGUGGGACAAGAUCGUGCUCAAGAAAUGGUACACCAUAUUCAAAGACCACGUGUCACUGGGAGACUAUGAAAUCCACGACGGCAUGAACCUCGAGCUCUAUUACCAGUAGAACACACACACACACACACUUACACAGCAACACAUUACUACACACACACACACACACAGUUUGUGGAGCAAGACCGUUUCAUCAUGUCUCGAGGCAUCAGAAUAUUUGUUCAGUCGAAUUGUUUUGAUAUAAUCUGGAAAUAAAGUUUACAUUUAUGUACGA